AUGAUUAUAUCAAAUGACAAAAUUACUAAUAAUAAAAAAAGAAGACAAACUAGUAUUAUUUUUGGUGGAGAAAAAAUUAGAAAAAUUAAUUUAAAUAAUUCUUUUGAAAGUGAAUCACAAAAGUUUAUAUGUAAAGAACCAUCAAUUAAUUUAAAAAAUGAUAUUAAAAAUAUUUCUAGUACCAUACAACUAGACUCUGAUGAUUUGCCUUCAUAUUCUUUAGAAAUUAACAAAGAGAUGGAUGGGAUAAAAAAUUGUGAAGAUGAUUUUUUAAAUUCUAUUGAAAAAGAAAAUAUUGAUAAUUUAAAAAUUAAAAACAAUUUUACAGAAAAUCAAGAAUUAUUAAUAUAUCCCGGUUUAAGAAUGCUUAAAGAAAUUAGUUUUACUGUAGAAAAUAUAUUUAAACCUUUGAAAGAAAUAGAAAAAACAUUAGAUAUGAAAGAAAGAUUUGCUCGUCAGGCAUUUUAUAGUUUAAGUUGUGAAGAUAAAUUUGAAAAUACUAAUGAUUUAGCUCAACAACAAUUUCAAAUAUUACGUAAUUUUGUUGAAAUAAUUAAUGAAACAUAUGAUAUGAAUUCUUAUACUGUAAUAGAUUUCAAAGAGUUAUAUCAACAUAGUAGUGUUGAUAUUAUUUUUAAUGUAGUUAUUAAUUUAGGAAAAUUUAUUAAAACAAUAGAUUUAAAAACUUCACAUUUUUGUCCUGGAGAACGGUGUACAUUAACAUUUAAAUAUAUGAAUUCAAAAGAAGAAAAAAAUAUUGAAACUGAAAAAAUUGGUUAUAUUGCUAUAUGUUAUUUUGAGGAUGAUAACAAAGAAGUUGAUAAAAUUUCAAUAGAUAUAAAUUUUUCCUCUGAAAUUUGGUCAAUUUUUACAACAAGUGAAGAAUUGUUAUCCUUACAUGAAAAUGCAACUUCAGUAGAAUUUUCUUUGAGUAGCACAGAUAAACUUAAUUAUAAUAAUCCACAAGAAUUAAAAAAUUUAUUAGAUAAAGCAUUCAAAACAUCAACAGGAAAAAUUAUUUCUAAAAUGCUUCUAAAUAAUCCACAAGAAUUAAAUGAAGAAAAGUCAUAUUUGAUAGAUAAAAAUUUAGAAAUUAAAUCAGUAACACAGAUAAAUGAAAAACAAAAGGAAGUUAUAAAAAUUUCAUUAACUGAAACACCAGUUAUUUUUGUAAAAUCUCCACCAGGUACUGGAAAAACAUUUAUUGCUGCUACUAUUGUUGAUAAUGAUUUUACCAAACAUACAUAUUUUAUUGCUGAAUCAAAUCAAGCAUGUAAUUCUUUUGCAAAUAUGGUUAAAAGUUUAAAUUCUACAAAAUUGAAACCUCUUAGAUUAUUGUCAAAGAAUGCUGAAAUAAAAAAAAAUAAAGAUAUUUAUUAUGAGGAGGAACAUGUCAUAAAUGAAAUAAUGUCAAAUAUUAAAGAUAAAUUAUCUUUUAAAGAUAAAGAAAUAGUUAAUAAUUAUAAUCAAUUAAAAGAUAAAUGGAAAAAUAUUAAAUGGAGAAGUACACAAAAUCAUCAAUCUCUUAAAAAUCAUUUUGAUGAAAUGAUGAAGAUAUCCAAAAAAUAUGAAAGAAUAUUUUUUAAAAUAUAUAAAUGUAAUCUUAUUAUAAUGACAGCUGAUUAUGCUAAAAAAAUAUUUCAAUCAAGAAGUUAUAGUAAAUUUAAACCACAUCGAAUUAUUAUUGAUGAAGCAAGUCAAAUGUCAUUAAUAAAAUAUUUAGAACUUUUUACAAUCUAUCCAAAUAUUCAAUAUAUUUUUUUUGGAGAUGAAAAACAAUUACCACCAUAUAUUCCAUAUAGUCAUGAUUCUGAUCCAAAAUUAAGUAAAUCUAUACUUGCUAAAUCAAUAAUGAAUAUUGCUUUGAAAACAAAUUAUUCCAUGAAUCUUGAACUUGACUGUUCUUAUAGAAUGCAUCCUAUUAUUUUAAAAAUUAUUUCUAAAUUUUUUUAUAAUAAUAAAUUAACAUGUGGAAUAGAUGAAACCAAAAGAAAUCUAAUAACAAAAAAUUUUCCAAAUCUUAAGAAUCCUAUUUUAUUUAUAAAUAUUUUAGGAACAUUUUCUGAAAUUGGUAAUAAUCAUUCAUUAAUAAAUGAUGGUGAAGCAAAAGUUGUUAAACAAUUACUUACUUUUUUAAAGACUAAAAAUAUUUCAUAUAAAGAUAUAACAAUUAUUAGUAUGUAUAAAAGUCAAGUAGAUAAUAUAAUUGAAAAACUUGAUAAAGAUUAUACUCCACAAAUUUGUACUAUAGAUUCAUCACAAGGAAGUGAAAAUGAAAUAAUAAUUGUAUGUACAACUAAAGCUGAUACUUCAAAAAAUACAUAUGCAUCAUCUUUUUUAAAAGAUGAAAAUCGUAUUAAUGUAGCUUUUUCAAGAGCAAAAUCUGGUUUAUUUAUUUUAGGAGAUCGGUUCUGUUUAUCUGAACCUUCAAUUUGGAAUGAUAUUAUUAGAUAUCUAAGUAAAACAAAACAAUUUUGUCAUUCCGAAAAUAUGAAUUUAUUUUUUUCAUGA